GCGCCCGCCCCGCCGAACUGGUGCGGCAUGCUCGCCACGGCUGCCUUCACCUUGCUGCCGCCCGCAUAGCGCGCACCCGACUGAGGGUCGCGCAGUGUGAUGCUCUUGUUUCCCUAGCUAGUGUCCCUUCUCCGGUGGAACAUCGCCGGCAGUUCAGUACUCGGUUCGAGCGUCCUACCUGGUUCUUGACCGGAGGGCGAGCGCCCACCGAGUAGGUUUAGCAGAGACGCCGUGUCCCCCGGGACCGAUUAUCUCAGCGAUCGAUACACUUUUGUAUUAUUCACGCCCCCCGUCAGUUAAUUACGCUGGGAACUGGCACACAUUUCGUUCGAGACACCUGUUCGACGAUGGUAUUUUCAGACGGGAUGGGGUGCCGUUACUUCGAAUGUCACUCGCGACUGGGGGACGCUGGUCCUCGUCCUCAACCCAGCAGUUUCCGAUUUAUGAUUUUAUUUUAUUAAAAGUUGACGAAACUUCUGUUUAUUCGAGUAUAAAUACGACAACGCCAGAUGCGCGAGCUGUCAAAGUUUGACCAUAGACACGGAGCUAUUUGCAGGCGUGUUGUCGACUACACGCGCGCGAAUCGACAGAAUCGAGUCGAGUCGAUGAGGGAUCGGUCGACCUGCGACGCGCGACUGACAGUCGGCCGGUCAUAGGAUGUGGGGUUACGCAUGGGGCGUGAGAAAAUAAAGUGUGGGAAAGAGUGGGCGUUCGCGGCGUAGUAAAACAUUUGAUAUGUUGUAGUGAACCGAACACAUAUUUACGAACGCAGUGCACCAGUAGCAAUCGUUUCGUUUUGUAAAUGUGUGCGUAGCCCUAGUGGGUACAUUGAGCUCAUGGAGCGAAAUAGUUGCGAUGUGUGAGGAAGAGACCGACGAUUGACCGGAGAUCUCGUGGGAAACGACCUUUGUUAUGUACACUGAUAUAUACAUUAGUAUAAACAAAAAAUCUAUUCUGGAAUUUAAUCGCACGCGAUGGGAGUCACUGGACUGUGGAGGCUAAUAGAGCCAGCCGGCAAACCCGUGCCGGUCGAGACUUUGGAAAACAAAGUGCUGGCAGUCGACAUAUCAAUAUGGUUGCAUCAGAUGGUAAAAGGAUAUCAAGAUGCAAAAGGAGCUCCUAUACCAAAUGCUCAUCUUAUGGGACUGUUCCAACGUCUCUGCAAACUGUUAUACUUUAGAAUUAAACCAGUCUUUGUAUUUGAUGGAGCAUUUCCAGAAUUGAAAAAGGAAACUAUUAUGCAAAGACUAUUAAAAAGAAGAAAAGUACAAGAAUGUCUUGAGGAGACUGAGAAAGAAAUGGGUGACACGGGCAUGUCUUUAAAUGAUUUAGAAUCUUUACUAAAUGAAGAAGGCAUUGAUACUAAAAUAGAUACACUUCCCACAAAACGCAUUGCUUCUAAUGUUUCUACACGAUUUUUACUUAUCAGAGAUGUUAAAAAAGCUUUAGCGGAAGCAAAGCAAAGAAAUCAGGCUCAAAAUAACCCCACUACAAGCAAAAUUGAAGAAAUCAAUGAAAAAGAUGAAGGUAUUAAAGCAACAACAAGUAAAGAUACUGAAAUAACAGAAAUUAAGGAAGAAUCCCCCAAAAAACUUGAUGAGUUAGAAGAUGAUUUACAAAAAGCAAUCCAAAUGUCCUUAGAGUGUGUUGAUGAACCCAAACAAGAUACAAGUGUAGUUUCUAAAACUGAUGACUCAUGGACAUCUUGCAUGACAGACACAGAUUAUUCUGAUACUGAUUCUGAAGAAGGUGAUGGCUUUGAACAACCAGAUAUGACAUGUGCUAAAGCUUACAUCAUGCAAUAUAGUGAUUUCACACACCAAGCUAUUGACAAAAUUGUUACUGAUAGACAUAAAGAUAGUGAAAGUGAAAAGAAUCCUGAAAAACCAAAUGAAACAAAUGUAGAUAAUGCAGCCAAUACUGUAAUUCAAGAUAAUGUAGAACCUGCUAAAUCAAGUGAAAGUCCAGAUGUAAUUGUGGAACCAGAAAAACAAAACCAUCUCAUAAAAGCACCUAAUCUACCUAAACAAACCUUAACUACAGAACAACUGACCUCCAUGGUUGAAGAUAUACAAAAUGAAGAACAAGAUUUAAUGCAAGAGAAGGGGAGAUUAGAUCGUAUAGGACGAAAUAUUACUGAACAAAUGACAAAGGAAGCUCAAGAACUACUUCAGAUAUUUGGCAUUCCUUAUAUUGUUGCCCCAAUGGAGGCUGAAGCACAAUGUGCCUUCCUAGAAAGUGUGAAUCUAACAGAUGGAACAAUAACUGACGACAGUGAUAUCUGGUUGUUUGGAGGUAGAACUGUGUAUAAGAAUUUCUUUAACCAAAAGAAACAUGUUUUGCAGUUUUUAGCUGAGAGGAUAGAAAAAUCUUUUAAUUUAAAUAGGGAACAACUUAUUCUGUUGGCAUUGCUUGUGGGUAGUGAUUACACAACGGGUUUGUCUGGUGUGGGCCCAGUUACGGCAAUGGAGAUUCUAGCAUCAUUCCCAUUCAAUAAAAGGCAAUUGCUCAGUGAGGAGUCAAAGCAAGCUCGUUAUGCCCAAAUGGUGAAGGGAUUAAAGAAUUCAAACAAUGGGUGAGGGCAGGCAAGAGAACUGACAACACUAGUUUGAAGAAAAAGCUUAAGAAUGUUGCUCUUACGGAAGAAUUUCCUAGUGUGCGGGUGGUUCAGGCUUACUUGGAACCUAACAUAGAAAAAAGUGAGGACAAGUUCACUUGGGGCGAAUUAGACAUCACAAUAUUGCGAGAUUAUACAAAAGCUAAGUUUGGUUGGUCUCAAAACAAAUUAGACGAAAUUAUCAAACCAGUUUUAAAACGAAUUCAAGAUCGUAAAACGCAAAGAUCCGUGCAGGACUUCUUCAAGAGAAAAGUAGAAUUCCAGUCAUUAGAAGAACAAAUGAGUAAAAGGGUUAAAGCCGCAGUACAAAAAAUGGGCUCUGAAGGACCUCUUGCAUUAGAAACUGAGAACGCUGAUGCGAGUAAUAAACCAGCAGCACCUAAAAGAAAAUCCACGAAAAAAGAUACCUCUAACAGUAAAAAUAAAGCUGGACCAUCGGCCUCGAAACAACGCAAAAAUUGCGAAGAAGCAGCUGUCCUUUUAAAUCAAGGUGUAAAAGUUGUAACACAGAUCAAAGACGGUAAAUCGGAGCUCGAAAUAAAAAUACAUAAAACAGACCGUUUCCAAGAAUUAAUCCCACAAAGAGAGCAAGAUAAAAGAGUUUAUUAGAAAACAAAAUGAAGGCAAUCGAGUUAUUCCGUAAAACUAAACUUGAUCAAAAGAGGAAACAAUUUAAACGCAAAGCAUUGCAACCAAAAGAGAAGGCUGAGCUUUCUGAGAGUGAUAGUGAUUAAUUUAUCUUUUUAUUUAAUGUUAUACAAUAAAAUUAAAGGCGUUUUUAAAAUAUUUUUUUUUAUUUACAAACAACUGUUUCAAUUAACUAAGCAUAAUUUUAAAAUAAUGAUAAAAUAAAAUUACAUUUAAAUUAAAUUGCAUAAUAUGCA